GGCACUAUCAACCCCACACUUUAUCAACAAAAAUGGAAACUGAUAAUGAAAAAUAUCAAAAAGAUGAAGAACAUAAUAAUAAAGAAGAGACAUUCGUUGAAAAUAAAGAAUUUGAAAAGAAAUUAUUACGAAAAAUAGAUCUCAGAGUUAUGCCUUUAUUAACUUUGUUAUAUCUCUUAAGUUUCUUGGACAGAGUAAAUAUUGGAAACGCGAAAUUGGCACAUAUUGAAGAAGAUUUAGGAUUAGUUGGAACUCAAUUUAAUUGGAGUCUAAGUAUUUUCUUCAUUGGAUAUAUUUUAUUUGAAAUUCCUUCGAAUUUCAUGCUCAUUAAGACAAAUCCAACUUUGUGGAUUCCUUUUAUAAUGGUAUCAUGGGGACUUGUAAUGACGCUUAUGGCAUUUGUAAAGGAUUUUGCAGGGUUAAUGACGGCAAGAUUUUUUUUAGGUGCCUUUGAGUCAGGAUUAUUUCCGGGAGCAAUAUAUUAUAUAACCACAUGGUAUAAGCGAUCAGAAACAAAUUAUCGUAUAGCCAUAUUUGCUAUUGGAACUGCUAUUGCUGGUUCGUUUAGCGGGUUAUUAGCAUAUGGUAUUGUAAGAUUAGAUGGAUGGUUACAUCUAAAAGGGUGGCAGUGGUUAUUUUUAAUUGAAGGAUUAAUAACAGUUCUAAUUUCUGCACUUGCUUAUUUCUUACUCUCUGACUAUCCUGAAAAAACCAAAUGGCUUAGUGAUGAAGAACGUAAAUAUGCUGUUGGUCGAUUAAAAAAUGAUGCAGGAAAAGCUCAUACAACACACUUCGAUAAAAAACACAUUUACGCCGCAUUAACAGAUUGGAAAGUUUAUUUAGCUAUGUUACAUCUUGCCGUAAGUUCAAUAACAUUUUAUUCUUUCGCAUUAUUUAUGCCAACAAUAAUAAAUGGAAUGGGAUUUGAUUUUGUUAAAUCACAAUUAUUAUCAGUACCGCCGUAUCUUUGUGCUGGUGUAACAACAUUGGUUCUAGCAACAAUUUCGGACCGCAAAGAUAUUCGUAGUCCAUUUAUCAUCUCAUGUUCAAUCGUUGCAAUUAUUGGGUAUAUCUUAUUAGUUGUACCUUCAGUAGGCAUCCCUGGAAAAUACGCUGGAGCCUGUAUUGUUGGAUCUGGCUUAUUUCCAACAAUUGUAACUUCAAUCACUUGGUUAACGAAUAACAUAGCAGGUCAUGCGAAAAGAGCUAUAGCGACAGCAAUGGUAAUGAUGUAUGCAAAUUUAGGAGGCGCAUUAGCAUCACAAGUUUAUCGGCAAAAAGAUUAUCCACACUACACAUAUGGGCAUUCUAUAUCUUUGGGAUUUUUGAUUACUGCAACAUUUAUUUCAAUUGCUCAAUUGCUUAUUUUCAAAACUUUAAAUAAGAAAAAGAAAGAAAAUCCACAAUCAUUUUUAGAAGGAAAAACUGAAGAAGAAAUUAAGAAUCUGGGUGACCUUCAUCCUGAUUUUAUCUAUAAAUUGUAAUUAUUGAAAUAUUUUUAUCAAACUUAUAUUUAACUUCUCUUUUUAAU